AUGAGCCAACCAAAGGUUCGUUUGUAUGAGCUGUUAAAACACCGGCCCUCACUGAAGCAAACUAAGAAAAUUCACGCCCAGGUCAUAUUUAGAUCAUUAGUUAAAAGCAAUAAUCUUACUGGAUCAUUAAUUCGAUCAUACAGUGAUCAUGGAGAACUUAAAUCCGCUAGGAAGGUAUUCAGUAGAUACCCAUCGUUACCACCCACUUUUUUGUGGAAUCUCAUCAUUCAAGCUUAUUCGAAAACAGCGCGUAAUAAAGAAUCACUGCAUCUUUUCAAAGAAAUGCUUCUGCUUGGUGGGUGCCACUCUUUAGCAGUUCCAGAUGAUUACACCUUUACGUUUACCAUUACAGCUUGUUCACACCAUCGGACACUGUUGGGUUUUGCUCAAAACUGUCAUACAAUGGUAAUUAAACUUGGGUAUGAUUCAGAUGUUUGUGUAGGCAACGCUUUAGUAAAUAUGUACGUUGUGUAUUCAAGAACGGAAUCUGCCCAGAAAGUGUUCGAUGAAAUGUCUCAACGAGAUACAGUUACCUGGACGAGUCUGGUCAAAGGGUAUGCAACUGGUGGCAAGAUACCGCAAGCAGAAGAACUGUUUACGAAAAUGCCUGAAAGAAACGAGGUAUCAUGGGCAGUAAUGAUCGCGGGUUAUGUCGGCCACAAGAUGUAUAAUCAUGCUUUACGAUGCUUUAAUGAGAUGUUGAUUAAUGGUGAUGUCGAGCCCAAUGAAGCAAUUUAUGUCAGCGUCCUUUCAGCUUGCGCUCAUCUUGGUCAACUAAACCAAGGAAAAUGGAUCCAUUUUUACAUAGACAAAAAUGGCGUCCCAAAAACCUCAAACAUCGCAACUGCUCUAAUCGAUAUGUAUGCAAAAUGUGGGAAAAUAGAUUACGCAAAGCAGGUUUUCAAUGGAAUAAACAAACGAGACCUUCUGACAUGGACAAGCUUGAUUUCGGGAUUAUCUAUGCACGGACUUGGUAAAGACGCACUCCAGAUGUUCACUGAAAUGCUAGCAGAAAACAUCAAACCAGAUAACAUCACCCUUGUUAGUGUUCUUAAUGCGUGUAGCCAUUCAGGGAAACUUCAAGAAGGAAUCUUGAUUUUCAACAAUAUGGAGCGAUUGUGGGGGAUUUCACCCAAACUUGAACAUUUUGGAUGCUUGAUAGACCUUUUAAGUCGCGCUGGUGAACUUGAAGAUGCAUUCAAAGCUGUUAAGAAAAUGGGUAUGGAACCUGAUGGUGUUAUUUAUAGAGCAUUGUUGAGUGCUUGUCGACUCCAUGGAAAUGCAGGUCUUGCAGAGCGGAUUAUUGAACAUGUUACAAGAAGAGAUGGUGGAGGGCAUAUUCUGCUUUCGAAUUUGUAUGCUUCUUUGGGCCAAUGGGAUAAUGUAAGAAAGAUAAGAGAAUCCAAGAUUGAUAAAGAGGGUGAUUCGACUUCAACCCCGGGUUGUAGUUAUAUUGAGAUUGAUGGUGUUGUAAAUGAAUUUCUUGCUGCAGAUAAGCUUCAUCCUAGAAUCACAGAGAUAAAUUUGAAGCUAAAUGAAGUUAUGAGAAGAAUAAGUUUAGAGAUUGAUGUGGGAGAUCAUUCACUUUUCCAUAUAUGA